AUAGAGACAGCCAGGAAGUGGCAGAAGGGGCAAGAGACAGCCAGGGGAACAAUAGAGAGACUGCACAGCUCCAAGGCCUGGCCUGGAUGCCUGGGGUGUAAGAGACAUUCAGGGAGUGGAGAGGAAAAAGGGUGUGGGCAGGGGAAGCCAUUCACUGAGGUCAAAGAGACAGUAAGAGACAGCCUGAGGUCACAUACAUUACCCAUAGGCAGGAAGAGACAGCUUGGGGUUGGUGAGAAGGAUCAGUGACCAAUCAGAUUUAAAGAGACAGCCUAGGGUUAGACUGAGCUAAACAGGCAAAAAAAGAGACUGCUCUGGAGUAGAAAUAUUGGUCAGGAAGAGACAGUUGGCACAUUUGGGGUAAAUAGGAAAGAAAGAUCAGGUGAAAAAGUGACCGCCUUGUAGCGGGAAUGAACAAUAGGAACUAGGAGACAGUUUGGGGGUCAGAGAGAGGUUUGGGCGUCGGGCGAGGCGGGCACAGAAGUGGCACAAACAGGUGAGGUUAGUGAGAGGUUCCACACACAGGCACAGCGCCACAGGCGUGGUUUAUGGGUAAGGGCCCAGGGCUGUGACUGAGGCAAGCGAGACAGCAGUUGGCAUCUGAUUGGCACUAACAGGCGAGACAGACAGGUGCCCGCCAUGGCCUCUAGCCCAGUCCCACUGCCCCUGCUGCCCUCUCUCAGCUGCAUUCUGUGCCACGAUGUGCCCCGGGAGCCGGUCACCCUAAGCUGCGGCCACUGCCUGUGCCGGGGAUGCUUGGAGCGGGCAUGGAGGGGGCAAGAGGCCUACCCUACCUGCCCCAAGUGCCGGCCCCCUUCUGUGCCCACCCCCGACGGAGUGCAGCGGGGCGCCUGUGCGGAACACGGGGAGAAGCUGCAUUUAUUCUCCACCCAGGAUGGGAGGCUGAUGUGCCCCUCCUGCAGGGAUGGCACCGAACAGCACCCCCCUCAUACGCUCGUGCCCCUACAGGAGGCAGUGGGGGGCUACAAGGAUGAACUCAUCUCAGCACUCGCCCCGCUGGAGGCCCGGCUCAAGGAACUGCAGCAAAUGCAAUGUGCCCAGGAGCAGAUGAUUGCCCAGCACCGGGGGAACCUGCUCAGCACCAAGCACCAUGUCAAUAUGGAGUUUGAGAAGCUGCACCAGUACCUGCGGGAGAGGGAGGAGAGGCUCCUGCGGGAGCUGCAACAGGAGGGAGAUGUCAUCCUGGCCGAGAUGGAGGAGAGUCUCAACAAGAUCAAGCAGAACUGUCAGGGGAUCCUACAGACCAUCAGCACCACCCAACCCAGACUGUACGAGCAGGACUCCAUCUCCUUCCUUACUGACAUAAAGUCGUGCAUGGAGAUAUGCUACGCGGGUUACAGAGACGGCUUCCCGACCCAGAAUGUGGUGGCCCCAAGGGACUUUGGCUUUGGAGCAGUGAAGGAUCUGAUUCAGUACACAGCCUGGAAAGAUAUGAAAUCCUACAUCAGCCCAGCCCUGCCCGAUAUAAUCAUGGACCCCAGCACGGCGCAUCUCAACCUGAUCCUCUCCGAAGACCUGACCAGUGUCCGAUACAGCGACACCAAGCAGAAUCUGCCCGAGAACCCCCGGCGUUUCGAUUACUGUUGCUGCGUGCUGGGUACGGAGGGCUUCACGUCCGGAAGACACUACUGGGCCGUGGACAUCUGCAACAAAACAAAGUGGAACCUGGGGGUGGCUAAGGAAUCGGUGAACAGGCGCGGUGGGAUCACCCUAUCCCCCGAGAAUGGGUUUUGGAUACUCUGGCUUCGAAAUGGCCACGAGUUCAAGGCAUUGGAUGUCCCGUACCGGACUCUCACCUUGCGAAGCAAACCGCAACGGUUGGGCAUCUUCCUAGACUACGAAGGGGGCGUCCUGUCCUUCUACAACGCCGACGACAUGACCCACAUCUACACCUUCGUCACUUCCUUCUCCGAGACCAUCUACCCUUAUUUCUGUCCCUGCCUCAACGACUCGGGGAAGAACGGCGGCCCCCUGAAAGUCCUCCACCAUAUACCGUGAGAAGCGGUUGGCGUUGCGCGAAUGUCGAAGAAGGAAUCAUUCCAGCCAAAAUACCUUUUACCACUAUUGUGUGUCCUAUUUCUGUAAUCUAGAUGAUGAUCCCUAGCGAGCCAAGGGGCGGGACUGGGACUUAAUGCUUUAGUCGUACUCCUUUUACUAAAAGUAUUCAUUGUGAUGAAGGAAACCGGUCCAAGUGUGGGUUUCAUUACUGCCCCCCCCCCCAUCUACGUCAUUCAUAGGGUCUGUUCCGCUUUAGUAACUUCAGCUCUUAUCACUUUGCAUCUUCCCCCGAUACUAAGCUGCAAAACGGAAAUUUAAUGUAUUUCAUGUUAUCAUCCAAGUACGACCUUCAAUAAACUCGCAACUGGAACCAAA